AUUAAUUAUGGAUUAAGGAUUAGACGCUGCAUAAUUGUUGGCUGAAUUAAAGAAGCAAGAUGAAUGGGCUAAAGCUAUCAUUUUUGAUGAAGAUCUAAAUGUGAUAACUCAUAAAAAUUGCGCAGCCUCAAAGGAAGAGUUAGCGCCAUACUUGAAGGCAUAUGAUGUAAGAGACAACACAAUAGGAGCAGGAUUUGUGUUGUUGGGAGAACAUUAUGAAGUUCAUAGAUGGCAUCCCCCUCUGAUUUAUGGAAGAAGAGGUGAUGCCGAUGUAGGAGAAGGGAUUUCAUUGGCUAGAGGGAUUUGUAAAAAGCAUAAUGGUAAGAGGGUGUACUUGUUGAUAACCUAUGAAUUGCCAAUAGUUAGUGCAAGGGCUGUUCCACAAUAAAUUAAUUUUUAUAAUCAAUUCAUUGGAGAACUAGAAAAAUUUGAAAUUAAGUAAUAGUGAGAUAUGAAUAAUAAAAAAACAUUAACAUAUAUAUAUAUAUA